CCUGACAUCAUCUGGUUUAGAUGAGCGAUUCCAGAUGUAUUUUCCCUUUGCUGAAACUUUUCCCCCUCCUAAACUCCGAGCUCCCGUCGCACUUCCUCAAACUGCAGACUAUAUAACUUCUCACACAGUGACCUACUUCAUCGCAGGGAAACUACUGGUCAAAGGAAUUCAUUCGACACCUCUCCAAGUCUACGACCAAGGUAGAACUCCCCAUUUUUUCAAUGUCUUAAAUCUGCAAACGUUUGUUGUUGCCUUAAUGCCUACAUUAUUUUCCACGCAGUCAUUUUGUAGAACUAUGUUCAUUAGAACUUUCAGUUUCACUUGGGAUUUUAUGUUUCAAUAAAACAAUUUACCACAUCGAAUUAGUUGUUAAAAAUAACAUUUGUAUUCACUGCGUUUUGACUAAGAGUAAGCCUCGUUUGUUUUAUAGGGAAAACAUUGCAGAGCGUAUAGGACUAAGUGUAUAGGACUAUAUGCUGUUUGCAACAAAUAAUUCACUUUGGUCAUGGUGUAGCCAAACAUUUAUCAAAGAAAUGAAACUAUUCUCAAGUUAACUAUGAAACCUUUGUAGCCUGUAUAGCCUACAUUAAUUUAUAGCACCAUGAAACAAUGGGAAUAUUAGACAUUGAGUAAACCAUAAGCUCCUAGCAUUAUUACUGUGCAGUAAAGGUUCAUACAGUAACAUGAAGUUCCCUAUGAACGAUCUGAGGAAUUUCCCAUAGAACAUAGAGAUGCUGUGUGUUUUGUUAUGAUACCUCUUAAUAAUGAGCGGGAAACCAGAAAAACAUUAACUGAAACCCAAUAUACUUCAGCUCUCUUAUUGAUGUUACGUUGUCAGUAUGAAAGUCAACACCCAUUUUUGUAUUUAUACUGCAAAUAGUGACCUUCUUUGUGUUUGUCUAGACUCUUAGGUGCUGCCACAAUAUUUUAAUUUAGAAAUAUAAUGCAUAAUGCCAUUAUCUCAUUUUCUAUAUCAAUGUAAUAUGUAUUAUACAUCAAUGACUAAAGCAGCCCUUUUGUCUUUUCCCAGAAUGCUGCUGUGUGGUUGUGUACUGCUGCUCUUGGGCUCAGUCCUAGCCCAUCCCCUGGACAAGAUGUCACUGGAUGCACAGUGGGACUCCUGGAAGACCACCCACAUGAGAGAGUAUAAUGGUCUAGUGAGUGUCUGUCUGUCUUUCUGGCUGGCUGGCUAACUGCUCCUCACAUUUAUGCAGUGCUUUUUCUUUCAAUUCUGCCUGUUCCUCCUCCUAAGGUUGGCAAUUACAGAAAGAUUACCUUAACUUGGAUAACAAAUACUCAUGAUUUUUCAUAUUUGCUUUGAUGGUGAAAAAUACUUUUGAAUAUCAAAGCCAUUCAUCAUCAUGAAAUUAGUUAUUAUAUAGUAUGUCACUUAGACGUAUGAGAACACUGUUAUCUUUAUGUCAACAGUUUACAAACUAUUGUGGAAAACUUCUGUAUGUGUUGUUCUUCCUUGAAAUGGUUUGUUAUGAUACCCUGCAAGCAAGAAAAGCAGGAAACAUGAGAAUUAAUCCUCCGUUUAGAAUUUCAACUUCCUUGUUUUUACAGUAAAGAGUUAUCAGCCAAGAUGUUAGGAACACAAGUAUUUCAGUGCUAUAGCUAACUUGACCUUACAAGACUACGUUUGGGCCUUAUUGAAGAGCUCACUGCUUCAGGAUGUGAGUGUCCCACAAUCUGUGGUCAGCACUCAGCACAUUCCUCAGCAGUCAGCAGAAAACACAGAACAGCACGUUUUCCCCUACUACACGUUGAAUCAUUAUUCCUAACACACAGUAAUGAGUGAUCGAAGGCACUGUAAAGAAUUGACAAUAAAUAUUUUCCUAACUAUGUUUCACCUCCACCAUUUUGUGUCUAUAUGAACCAGUUCAUUUGCACUGUAGAGACUGUGAGCACCGGAACCAAAUAACACAUGAAAGGCCAGCUGUAUGAUUGACACCCGUGUUUUGUUGAUGUUUUCAUGGUAGGGUGAGGAGGUGAUCCGUAGAACCAUCUGGGAGAAGAACAUGCGUCUGAUCGAAGCCCACAAUGAGGAGGCCGCUCUGGGGAUUCACUCGUACGAGCUGGGCAUGAACCACCUGGGAGACAUGGUGAGUUAGUGAGCCACAUCCUCUAUGGGCGUUUUUUUUAGCAUGCAUGGAGAAAAAGCAACAAAAAAAGGGAGGGUCUAAAAAAGGGUCUAAGUAACUCCAUAUGAAAACAUAUGUCUGGAAUGUUAUGUUUAAGGGAAACUAUUUCGUGUUUGCUGUCCUCGGUUAUCCUUUCUAAUCAGUGUCUCCCUACUGUCCACAGCUUAUCAUUUUGGAUAUGUGUUUCUAAUACGAACAAGAUCAAGCACAGGACAGAGUAGUGGCUUUUAGCUGAUGCAGAGCACAGCCAUCUGUGUUUUUACUCAUGCAAUGGCCUACUGAUUAAAAGGGAGGCUGUUAGGUUAGUGACCAUUAAAUCUACCCCUAGCUGUGACAUGUAUGUCAGGUUGGGUCAUGAGUGAUGACUGUGUUAGCAUGAGACUUGAACUCCUUGAACGGGCUGUAGAUUAAAUUGGGAGGGAAAAGCAACCUGAUAUAUAGAUGCUUGGCUUUUACUGCUUGGCUUCUAUGCCACUCAUUAAUGCUUUGUCCAUUUAUUAUCCAUCGGAGUACCCAGAGAUCAGUUCAUCUGAGUGUCAGUUUCACUUCUAUGUUGAGAUGUGCUGUAAAUAAAAGAAGAAUGUACGGUACUUCCAGUUUCACAGAGACUAGCACUCACCUAACAUGUUUCAGCACUCAUACUCGUAUCAGGGCAUGAUGGGUUUAAAAUUAUGUAAUUAUUCUAGGGUUUUUUCAAUGUUUUUUUAUUUAAUGAUCUCCAAUGGGAUUAAUAAGCCAUUGAUCUAUCUAAAUGAUAACUGCUGGACUAUAAACAUGGAAAUACUUGUCCCUACUUAUAGUGGGUAAAUGGUUCAUAAUCUAUUGCUAUGCAUGCAUAAUUCCCUCAUCCUCAUCCCACUCCUCUCCCCAGACGUCAGAGGAGAUAGUUGAGAAGCUGACUGGCCUCCAGGUGCCCAUGAACAGGGACCGUAGCAACACCUGGAUCCCUGACAACAAUGUGGAGAAGCUCCCCAGGUCCAUCGACUACCGCAAGAAGGGCAUGGUGACCCCAGUCAAGAACCAGGUGAGAGGAUGGGAGCGAACAACAAAGAGCUGUUACUCGAGUCCAUUGUUUCCCCUAGAUGUAUUUCUUAUUUCCAAAAUGUAUUGCACAAAAAUGUUCAAUCAAGCUUAAUUGAGGCCAAAAUAAUGGUUGUAGGUAGAGGGCAACAAUCUAGGCAGAGUGUCAUCUGAAGAUUUUUAGGGGAAACACUGGGUUAUAAUUAACUCAUUUCCUAUUCCUCUUUGCUUUCAGUCAGUUAAGUCAGACAUCUUUGUUUUCUUGAGGUAGCAAAUGAUCACAGUUACAGCACAGUCACGUAACCUGUCUAGGACAAUAAAAACCCAUGGUUUGUCUAAUUGACUUAGACAAGUAAAGAAUGUGUUUGAUUAUGAAAGGUAAUUACUCAUUAUGAUCUAAAUUGGACACGAAGGCAUUAUUUAUUAUUUAUGUAAACAUGGUAUUUAGUUAAGUGGUACAUAAAGUACCCAGACUGAAAUAUGGAGUACAUCUUUGCUACCAGGGAACACUAGGAGAUCAGCCCUAGAUUUAUACCAUUCAUCUAAUGAACAUUAGGUCACUUUACAUGAGCACUAAUCGUCUGUGGUAUCAACAAAGAGCCGUCAGGUUCAGGAGGGAUGUGAUAGAUAGUGAGGUGUGAGUGCAGUAUGUCUACCCUCUAGUGGUGAAUAAGAUAACUAGACGUUCUAAGGGCAGAUGAAAAAAACAAUAUUUGCUCAAGGGCCUUUGACUCUCUGUCAAAGUGCACCUCCUUAUGGACAAAUUGGAGAAGGCAGCUCAGACCCUAAUGUAAACGUUUUAUGUCCCCUCUUUCUCAGCUCUCCUGUGGCUCCUGCUGGGCCUUCAGCUCUGCUGGGGCCCUGGAGGGCCAGCUGGCAAAGACCACAGGCAAACUGAUAGACCUCAGCCCCCAGAACCUGGUGGACUGUGUCACUGAGAACAAUGGCUGUGGUGGAGGCUACAUGACCAAAGCCUUCGAAUACGUUGAAGAAAACGGAGGCAUCGACACAGACGAGGCUUACCCAUACCUUGGCCAGGUAGGGGCAUGGUUUGGCUAACAUUGAAACAGAAUGUGACUGUCGUUUUAGUUUGUUUGCCAAACAGCCGUUUUAGUUUGUUGAAAUUACAUUUUCAGUCAGCAUUUUCUUACUAUACAUCAAGUGAGUUGGAAUGUGCUGGAUGACAUUUGCAGUUUCUGAUUGAGCUGUCACAUCACAUGCUCUUUAACCAAAACAAGCUAAUAAUCACAUGCUGUUAACCAAACAGUGCUAAAAUGUAUUUCUGUGGCCAAUUCCGGGAAGUGGUGACGUCCAUGGUCUUAUGUAUUCUCCAAUGGCCUAACUACAAACAACACAAAUACUUUGCUCACUUCCAUAUUGUUUAGUACUUUGCUUGCAUGUAAGAAACAUACCACACAGGCAAUUCUUUCUUUACCACUUCUGUAGUUGUCCAUAUUUUCCUAUGAUAUAUAGAACACACCACCACCGAUGUGCUAUGAAGGUAAUUUGUAAUUUGCUAGCAAUGUACAGUAGCAUCAACAUAGCAUCAAGACCAGCUAUAGUGGCAAGUCAGUAGGCCUGAUCACCAACAAUGACGAGACAGCCUACAGGGAGGAGGUAGGCACUCUGCCGGCAUGGUGCCAGGUAAACAACCUCUCCCUCAAUGUUAGCAAAACAAAGGAGCUGAUUGUGGACUUCAGGAGGAACCAGGCUGGACACGCCCCCAUCCCCAUCAACGGGGCUGCCGUGGAGACGGUCUGCCGUGGAUACGGUCAUCUCAGAGAAGCUGAAAUGGUCUAACCACACAGACACUGUAGUGAAGACCUCAGGAUGCUGAAGAAGUUUGUCCCUGAGGGCCCUCACAGUGUUCUACAGAAGCACCAUCGAGAGCGUACUGUCGGGCUGCGUCAAAGCCUGGUACGGCAACUCCAGCACCACGGACCGCAAGGCGCUUCAGAGGGUGAUACGUGCAGCCAAAUUCACCAUUGGGUGCACACUGCCUGCCCUACAGGAUACCUACAACACCAGGUGUCGCAGGAAGGCCAAGAAGAUCAUCAGGGACCCCAGCCACCCAAGCCAUACCCUGUUCUCCCCACUUCAAUCACUCAGACGCGGGCAGUACAGGAGCAUCAUGGCAAAAACGGAAAGACUGGCCUAUAGUUUCUACCCUCAGACCAUCAGGCUGCUGAAUAGCCACCACUAGUCAGCUACCUGCUACUCCCCCGAUCGACAUUCCCCCGCUACUCCCCCCCAUGGACAUCCCCCAGACACCCUCAACUCUCACUUACCUUACUUACCUUACCUGCUACUCCCCCUAUGGACAUUAUUUAUCCUGCUGCUAUUUCUAUUGCUGUUUUUUUAUUACCAUUUUCAUUAUUUUAUUUCACUUAGUCCUGCAUGUUGGAGCUCGAAGCCUAAGAUUUUCACUGGACCCUGCAAUCACACCUGCAACCCUGUACAUGUGACUAUUAAACAAUCUGAAUCUGAAUCAUAAAUAAACCAAUCCAUAUCUAUCACUCUGUCUACAGGACGAGCAGUGUGCCUACAACGCGUCUGGCAUGGGUGCUCAGUGUCGUGGUUUCAAGGAGAUCCCUGAGGGAGACGAGCGGGCACUGACCAAGGCUGUAGCCAAAGUGGGGCCUGUGGCUGUGGGCAUCGAUGCCACCCUCUCCACCUUCCAGUUCUACCAGAGAGGUGAGUGACAUUCUGCAUCCAAGAACCAUGGAUAGAAGAAUCAACCACUUGUAGUCUAGUGGUGUAACACAUGACACAUGCCAGUAGACUUCUAAAGCACAUGCCAUUAGACUUCUAAAGCUUGUUGAAGCUCAUUCCUUUACAAUGUUAUUUACUCAGGUGUGUACUACGACCCCAACUGCAACAAGGAUGACAUCAACCACGCCGUGCUUGCAGUGGGCUAUGGACAAACUGCCAAGGGCGUGAAAUUCUGGAUCGUCAAGAACAGGUGGGUCACAGUGCACUGGGCUUAUUCAAUGGCAUCAGGUAACACAUUUCACACUGUUGACUUGAAAUGUAUUUUUUCAAAAUCACAAUUCAUCCUCUUUAUUCUCUCUCUCUCUCUCUCUCUCUCUCUCUCUCUCUCUCUCUCUCUCUCUAACAGCUGGAGCGAGAGCUGGGGCAAUCAGGGUUACAUCAUGAUGGCACGUAACCGAGGGAAUGCGUGUGGCAUUGCCAACCUGGCCAGUUACCCCAUCAUGUGAACAUCA